CCCGUAUGAUACGGGUUCAAGUGACGUGGCAAGAGAUGAUUGGAAGCGCGUUUUUGUGUUGACGAAGUCGAGACACGGGGUCUGUGCAAACCAAAUUCAUUUGUUCUCUUUCCUAGGGUUUGUUUCUCUCAAAGGCGAUUGCGCGAGCGACGGUGACGCCAUUCCAUUUCUCCAUUUCCUCGACGUAUUUCUCCAUCUAAUCAACCAUUUCCUCCACGAGCUAAGAUGGAUCCCGCAGCUGAGAGAAGAGACAGAAAGAGCCAAAAGGACUACAUCAACAUGCUAGGAUACGUUGCCGAUUCGGAAUAUGGGAUUCCGACAAGGUGUCCGUGUGGUGGGAGAAUAAUAGACGAGGUCCGGAAGAAGGAGGAGUACGACACUCUUCCUGGCAAGCGGUUCUUCACUUGCACAAACUACGAGGCUGAUGGGUUCCAUUAUCGUCAGGCAUGGGUGGUUGGGGUCCAGGAGGAGAUCCAACGGCUGUCUAAGCGGGUGGAGGAAGCUGAGCAGGUGAUCAACGGGGUGCCUGAGCUCAAUUAUCAGAUUGACAGACUGGAGUCACAGGUUAAAAUCCUGACGGUUCAUGUUGAUAACCUCCAUGUUCAGGUCACUGACAUGGAGAAGUUGGAAUGUCUGAGUAAGCGGUUACAGGAGGCUGAGGAGAUGGUAAAGGUGGUGCCGGAUCUCAAUAAAAAGAUUGCUUCACUGGAGGUAAGUGAAUCAAAAUUAGGUAGUUUAAUACUUGUAAAGCUACUCACUAACACUCUCUUAUUGGCGUUUGAAUGUGCAGGGACAGGUUGAAUUCCUCACUGGCCAGGUUGAUAACCUCACAUCCGAUGUGGAAACCCUGGAGAAGCUGUGUUUCCAUUGAAACCCAAAGGUACACUAAUGCUCACUUCAUGUUUUUGAAAGUCAAUACUAUACUUAAGUGAACUAGAACUAGUUUGGUAAAGUACUGUGAACUAGAACUAGAACAUAAUUGGCUCGGUUUAAUUAGAAUUAUAACUAGACCUAUAACUAUAACUAGAACUAGUACUAGAACUAGAACUAGAACUAGAACUAGAACUUAAUUCCUUUAAUUCUGUGUUGGUGUUGGUUGGUCGCUGUGAUGAAUGGUCGAACUCAUUAACUUAUCUUCCUUUCAAUAAACUGAUUUGAUGUGUAAUGAAUGCUCUGUGUGAAUGUUGUUGUGUAAUUAACUAUGUGAUUAAAAAACUAGUUUAAAAAGAUAGGAAAACCCACACAAACAUAAAAACACCAACAAACAAAAACCAAAAUGGAUCCUUUUCCCCACAACUCCCACGGGUUUGUAAACCUAUUAUCUCCACAGAGCAGUCAAACAAUUGACUUAGCGUCUGCUGAGAUGCCUAGGUUUAGUAGCCAGCAGUCUGAUGUUCCUAAACCAGUGGAAAGGAAAAGGUGGACAGCACAAGAAGAUAUUGUGCUCAUCAGUGCUUGGUUGAACACGAGCAAGGAUCCAAUAGUUAGUAAUCAGCAGAAGGCGGGGUCGUUUUGGAAGAGGAUAGAGGAGUAUUUCAACGCAAGCGCUAAGUUAAGUGGCUUUGCUGAGAGAGAGUGGGGCCAGUGUAAGCAGAGGUGGGGACGGGUGAAUGAGCAGGUGUGUAAGCCUAAGCUCUGAAGUUCCAUACUUUCAGCAAAGAAGAAAUGGGCACGGAAGGUACGGGCUAUCUGCACUCCAAAAGUGUACGGCGGCUAUACGUAUGCUGGCAUAUGGUCAAUCGGGAGAUACGUAUGACGAAUAUCUCCGACUUGGAGAAAGUACUGCACGUUUAUGUUUGGAAAAUUUCACUGAUGGGAUAAUGGAAUUGUUUGGAGAAGAGUAUCUGAGAAGACCCACACCCGAUGAUCUUCAACAUUUACUCGAUAUUGGAGAGGUACGCGGUUUUCCAGGGAUGAUAGGCAGCAUCGAUUGUAUGCAUUGGGAGUGGAAAAACUGUCCUACGGCUUGGAGAGGACAAUACACACGUGGUUCAGGAAAGCCGACAAUUGUCUUAGAAGCUGUGGCAUCUCAGGAUCUGUGGAUAUGGCACGCAUUUUUCGGCUUACCAGGUACUCUCAACGAUAUCAAUGUUCUUGAUCGCUCUCCUGUUUUCAGUGACAUUUUAGAGGGUCGAGCACCUAAAGUUAAUUUCAAGGUCAACAACCACACUUAUCGUAUGGCGUACUACCUUACUGACGGAAUUUAUCCGAAUUGGGCAACAUUUAUCCAAUCCAUCUCGCUUCCUCAAGGUCCUAAAGCAGAGCUAUUUGCUCACCGUCAAGAAUCCACCAGAAAAGAUGUUGAACGGGCUUUUGGAGUAUUGCAAUCAAGGUUUGCAAUAGUUAAAAACCCUGCUCUACUUUGGGACAAGGUUAAGAUAGGAAAGAUUAUGAGAACUUGUGUCAUUUUGCACAAUAUGAUAGUAGAGAACGAACGAAGCGGAUACGCUCAAAUUGAUACAUCUGAGUUUGAGUCAGGGGAGUCGAGCAGGAGUUCCCAGGUGCAAAGGACAACAAGUAUGAAUAUCGGUAAUAUGCGUGGCAUUCGCAAUGAAGUUCGGGAUUCACAGAUACAUGAUCGUUUGAAAGCUGAUUUAGUUGAAAAUGUAUGGCAAAAGUUUGGUAAUGUCGAUGAAUAAUAUUUGUAUGUUCUUGAAUUUUCAAUGUUUUCAAUAAAAUGUUUUCAAAAAAAAAAAUGUGUGUUAUGAAUUAUCAUUGUAUUGAAUAAAAUUGUUUUUAGAACUUUUUAUAAAUAUAUCUUAUUAAUGAAUUCUCAAUAUGCAAACUUAAAAAAAAAA